CGCAGUUCGAUUUUGCGCGGGUUGAGGGAAACCGCUGCAAAAGAGCUCAAUCAUGUCGAAGAGGGAGGCCUUCCUGCAGUCAGUGUGCAGAGACAACGUGGAGCAAUUCCUCACCUUCCUCCAACAACAUGAGGACAGAGCGGACCCGUUUGACCUGGAGGAGGUGUUGCAGGAGAUAUCUCAGGAUCAGAGGAAAACAUUGUGGGGACAGUUGACACCACUCUUGGCAGAUACCCUGGUUGCGUACCCCAUUGAGAGGUGGGAUGGUGGCCUGAGUGAUGACAGUGCAGAUGAGAUGGAAGUGGAGGUGUCCUCUGACCUGAAAUGCACCAUGUCAGUGAUAGCAGGAGUGACUGCGGUGGCAACAUUUUCCCUCAGUGUCAUUCAGCCAGAGGACUGUUAUGAUACUUUGCUGGACUGUGUUAACAUACUAAAUGACAUCCUGGGUGCCCUGCCGGCCUCAGAGGCCCAGCUACAGCUGUCCAUCGUGCGGCUCUGUGAGGCCUGGUGGAAGAAGGGUCUAGAGGGCAGGGAUCCCCUGGGUCAAACUGCUUUCCUCCGGUGCCUGGAGAGGACGCUGCUGCUCAAGAACCCGGGCCCUGAUAUCGGUCGCCUGUGGGGUUUACACGAGGUGCUGCAGACCAUACCCUUCGAGUCCGAGGGCAUCAAGGAGGUGACGGACCUGCUGCUGCAGUGCUUCCUGAGUGUGGCCCACAUCCGGCGCGAGGAGGGACGCCGCUUUCUGACCUUUCUCUUCAGCUGGAACGUGAACUUCAUCACAAUGAUUCAUGGAACCAUCAAAAAUCAGCUGCAGUUCUUCUCCAAGUCCAUCACAGACCACAUAGCAGACAUAUACUUUCGAGCCUGGAAGUCUGCUUCAGGAGUCAUUCUGGAGGAAAUAGAGAACGCCUGCAUCCAGGACUUCAUGCAGCACGCCGUGCUCUUGUACAGGAACUCUCCUGUCCACCCCAGGGUCCGGCAGAUACUCAGCCACUUUCACAAACAGAAGCUCCGACAGGGGGUGGAUGAAAUGCUUUUCCGACUCUACAAGCCCAUUCUGUGGAGAGGACUCAAGGCAACGAAUUCGGAUGUGCGCGCCAACGCUGCCCUGCUCUUCACUGAGGCCUUUCCCAUCCAGGACCCCAGUCUGAGCAGCGAGAAGAUGGACGAGGCCAUUCAGAAACAGCUCGACUUGCUUUUCUUGCUGUUGGAGGACCCCCAGCCGGUGGUCCGCUCCACAGCUGUGCUGGGCGUCUGCAAGAUCCUGGCCAAGUACUGGGAGGUCAUCCCCCCCGCCAUCCUCACAGACUUCCUCAGGAAGCUGGUGAUGGACCUGGCUGCCGACAUCACUUCCCCCGACGUCCGCUGCUCCGUCUUUAAGUGCAUGGCUGUGAUUCUGGACAAUAGCCUGAGCCACCCGCUAUUGGAGCAGCUGCUCCCAGUCCUGAAGAACAGCCUCCAUGAUAAUUCAGAGAAGGUGCGCGUGGCAUUUGUGGACCUUCUACUCAAGAUCAAAGCCACCAGGGCUGCCAAGUUCUGGAAGGUGUGCUCCAUGGAACACCUCUUGGCUAGGCUGGAAGUUGACUCCCGGCCUGUCUCCCGCCGGAUCAUCAACCUUCUCUUCAAUUCCUUCUUCCCUGUCAAUCAGUCGGAAGACGUGUGGUGUGAGCGCUGCGUCACACUCAUCCAGAUGAACCCCGCUGCUGCCAGGAAGUUCUACCAGUACGCACAUGCCUUCACAGCGCCCACCAACAUCGCGAAGCUGAUGCUUACUAUCCGCCGGUGCCUGAACGCCUGCAUUCAGCGGAACAGGACAGAGGACCUGAAUGAGACGGACAGCAGUAACAAGGAGAACGCAAGUGUUCUGGAGGAUGUGCUCUCGGUGCAAGACAUGGGCACCAUGGCCAGCCUGCUUGAGGUGGUGGUCAUCCUUUGGAGGAGCAUCCGCAAAUCCCUGGAGCACAACCAGGAAGCGCAGCAGUACACCUCCAGCAAGUUUGCCCAAGUGCUGCCCGAGUACUUCCGCAUGUUCCAGGAUGAACGCUGCACUCCUCCGUUGAUCCUGAUGGCCUCCUUCAUGCCUGCCGCAGCUGUGCCCACCUUUAGCUGUGGCGUCCUGUCGAAGCUGCGCCGGUUGGAGGUGGGGGCUGAGCCAUCCCAGUAUACCAUGCUUAUUGACUGCCUGUGCAGCUGGGGCCAUGCUGGACACGUCCUGGAGCUUAUCACCGACUGGCUGACGGAUUCCCUGCCCCAGAACACGGGCAAGCGGGACUCAGAGCGGCGAGUCCACAUUCAGGAGACAGUGGAUGCCAAGCCAGAGCUGGGCCUGGACUACCUGGAGUACAUGUUGUCUCAGAGACCCCAACGAACCUGUCUGCUGGAACUCAGACAGACAGCGCUAAACCAGCUGCUCAAAGCGCUCAAGGCCUGGAGGUCGGUGCUGUACGAGAACAUGAGUUCAACUGAAAGCGGUCGCGAUCGAAGCCGAGCAGAGACGGCCCUAAAGGCGUUUGCCGUUCACAGUCAUCUGAGCGCCCUGCUUCUCCACAAGUUUCCAGAGGGACGAGGCUACCUGCAGGACUUGGAGCACUCCAUGGCCUGGGUGGAGGAGAGGGCCCUCCCCUUCUUGCCUGCCCCCAGUCUGGAACAACAGGACCUGUCCAGAUGGGUCGUAGAGAACUGCCUGAGGGUUUGCAGGGACGUGACCCUGGUGGGCCUUGCUGACAAACAGUUCAAAGAGCAGGUUCUGCACCUGUGCUCCAUCAUCCUGCUGUCUGAGGGUGGUCACCAAUGUGCCCCGCUGCUGCUCUCUGUGCUCACGGAGGUGGCCCAGGAGUGUCUGGCUUUGAGCUCACAGUCUCGUAGCCAUGACCUGGACAUGCUGCUGUACGUUGUGGCCAACAUCUUCCAGAAAGUGCUGGAGCUCAUGGCACUCAAACUGCGCAAGGAACCUGAUGACGGCCUGCAGCUGUGCCAGGCGGUGUCGGCUGAACUUGGAGAUUUUCUCAACGCUCUCCACGACUGGAAAGCUGUGAAUCUGGAAGCCAUCAACGGGGUGUUUUCCACUCUAUUCGCUGCCAUCGUUGUGGAGAUCAGGCACUCCAUUGUCAAGGUUUCCUGUCCAGAACAGCUGACAGUCCCCAAAACCGUGCAGGACCUGCCCCCGCUCUCACGUUGCUUACUGGGGGUCAUCCUCAGGUCACCUGAGGUCACCAGGUCUUUCCUGUGCGAGACCUCUUCCUCGUUAGAGUCAGAGGCCAUCGAGGACGUGACGGGACUGGCUGCACUGCUGCACAUGUUGGCCGUGGUCGGACAGAUCGGGAAGUUCAAGUUGGAGCUCAAAGACAUGGCUGUGUCUGUUCAGAGACAGCUCCAGAAACACAAUGCUGUCAUAGCCGAGGACAGCAGGACCAUGGAGAGGGUCAUUUAUUUGUCUGCCGUCAGGAGUGUGAACGAUAUACUGAUGGUCUGACGGGGUGGAGGAGGGAGCUGGUCUGUGAAGAACAAAAUAAGUACUCUGACAAGGGAAAGGCACAGCCCCACAGCCGAUGUGACCUGGAAUCUCCGUGCUCAGAAAGCCGAAGCCGAUGGCCCACUUUCCUUUUGCAGAUGCUGCUUGCGAGAAUACCCAGCAUGGGGGUCUUCAGAGCACUGCCUUUUCCCUCAGAUCGGUUCACUUUGAUCCUGCUUUCUGGAUGGCUUGGAAAAACCUAUACAUGGAAAAUAUGAACGUGUCUCAGUACGAUUAGUAAUUUCUACUUCAGUUUACUUUGUUUUUAUUGGCUGUUCAUUGGUAUAAAAAUGAAAUGUGUUCUUAGAACAAACAAAAAUGUAAAUAUGAAAGGACAGG